UGUUCCAACUAUUUGUCUUGCUGGUACUCGUAGCUGGCACUACCGCUGUUGAAUUAUUUGAAAAACCAUAUUACGACUUGAGCGAUGCACACAACCUUUUCGAAAACUUCAUUCAAAAACAUGGGAAAGUAUACAAUUCGGAAGAAUACUUACAAAGGCUUGAGAUUUUCAAGGAAUCUUUAGUCGAAAUCAAUGAACGCAACGCAAUGCAUGCACAAAGCGUGUUUGAAGUAACCCGUUUUGCAGAUUUGACAGUUGAAGAACGACGAUCUCUUUUUGGUACUAGUUUAGUUGAUGAGGAGCUUGAAUUGGUAACUAAGCAACUUGGUCCCAAGGAGAUUACGGCUCCUGAGAAUUGGGACUGGAGGGACCAUGGAGCGGUCACUCACGUAAAAGAUCAAUUAGGCUGUGGUUCUUGCUGGAUUUUUGCUGCUACUGGAGUUAUUGAAGGCCAGUACGCUAUCAAACAUAAAAAGCUCCUGUCCUUUUCUGAACAGCAGAGCUUAGACUGUAUAGUUCGGAAAGGAUGGCCGCAUAAUUGUGCAGGAGGAAAUCCUUACAUGGUCAUGGAUUACCACAAGAAAUUUGGCGUAGUACUAGAAAAAGAUUAUCCGUAUACAGGAAACGAAUCAACGUGCCAUGAAGACCACACAAAGGUCGUCACCAAGGUCACGGGAUAUACGAUCUACAAAAUUGUAGAUGAGGAAACAUUAAAACAACUUGUAUAUGAAACGGGACCUUUGUCAAUAGCUAUAGAUGACAGCGACUUAGCUUUCCAUAAAAAAGGUAUAUUGUACCCCCAAAAGUGCAAGGAUGAUAUUACGCACGCUCUUUUGCUGGUUGGAUAUGGAGUAGAAAACGGCACCAAGUAUUGGAUCCUCAAGAACUCUUUCGGCAUUGAGAAUGGGGACCAGGGCUACUUUAAGCUGGUGCGGGGGAUCAACGCUUGUUCUAUUGGAAUAACAUACGCAUUAACCUGUACUGUUGCCUAAUUAA